AUGGACACGAGCAGGCCGCUCCCGCAGUCAGACUCACCCCUUCAUUUGGCCGUGUUAUGUGCACAGCCAGCUUUGGUCGAGUUUGCUCUGUUCCAGUUACAACUGAGUCCCAGCAUGCCUGCUUCUGAUACGGGUAAUACGCCUCUUCACCUGGCUAUCGCGGCGAAUCGUUUGGAAGUUGCAGCUCUGCUCGUGUCGCAACCCACAGUGGAUUGUGCCUUUCUCAACAAGGAAGGCAGGUCGCCUGUCCAGCUUGUCAAGUCCAUGGAAAUGGCUAACAUGCUGCAGCAUCAGCGCAAUGAACUGCGCAUGCAUAUCUUGCGUCUUCUCGACGCAUAUGACGCCAAGGCGGCGAGGGGCGAGACAGGCAGUCAGGAAGAGCAGACUUUGAUCAACACAGUGUCGAUGCCACGAACUACCGCAAUUGAGCUGGAGUCGGUGGAGCCGCGUACAAGUUUGACUCCUUUGCAGAUGGCCGUCAAGUACAAGUCGACGGAGCUCAUUAAAGCGUGUGUAGCCAAGGGCUGUGACCCAUACGUCAAGGGUGCGAACGGCUGCAGCGCUAAUGACAUGACGAAUGACAAGAUGAUACAGGCCCUGCUUCGACAGCUUGUGCAUGCAGAAGCCUCCACGGCCGACAAUGUGCAUCACACAACAUCCUACCGCGGAUUCCUUGGAAAGUGGACGAACUACAUGCACGGCUUCAAAACGCGUUGGUUUGUUCUCAGUGAUGGAGUCCUUUCUUAUUACCGCACACCAGAUGAUGAGGGUAGGCAAAUGCGUGGUGCCCUCAAUUUGCGCAAUCUCAAAAUUGUACCGGAUCGCCGCGAACGGAACCGCUUUGAAAUCGUCAGCGACACAUCCAAGGGCUCAACACGCUGGUUUCUUCGCAGUGAUGACCCGUCAGAAUGUGUGCGUUGGAUCCAGAUCCUGGAAAAGGCUCAGCGCAAUUUGACCCAAGAUGCCUCGGCGUCCACGAAUGCUGGCACCGAUACCGAUGCCGCCUCGUCAGACACGACUGGUGCAACGCUGAUGCCAGCCGCUGUCGGCAGCAAUGUUCCAGGUCAAGGACGUCGUUCAAGUGCAGUUAACGCUGAGAUCGUCGAGCCAUCAUCCGUGGCAAUGCAAGACAUCACACCAGACAGUCUCGAAGAUGCAGAAAGUGACGCUGGUAGCGUGGAUGGGGCUGUUGCAGGCACCAACUACAUGCCUCACAGUAAAGACUUUACUAUGGUGAACAACCUUAUGUCUCUGCAUUUUGAUGUGGCUUUGCGCUUGAUUGAUCAGAUCGAAGGCGAGUCUGGCUCUGGUGCGCAGCCGGCAUCUGCAGUUUCGACUGUUGCUCCCACCAUCUCCGGAGCUGCUUUAAGUGGGACGGACCAGCAGGUUGUCAUCCCUCCCGUCGAGCGAGGUGCACCCGCGCAACCCAUCGUCGGCGCCGGGCUCGCGGGAGCCCCAACAGUGCAGUCAGGCGUUCCCGCUACACCCUCGUCUCCCAAAUUGACUGCGAUAUCGACACUCCGUCAGUCGCUGCAAGAACGCUCCCAACUUUGGAAACAGUACAGCAGGAUGGUCCAAGAGCGUGAGGCAUAUCUCCAGGAAGAGAUUGAGCGGCUCGAUCGGACGCGUCACUUGUGGGAAGAGCAAGUCACUGUCUUGGCAGCACAGCACAAUGAGCUGGAAUCAAACUUGCACGAAGCCGUGUCUGAAAACACGCAAAUGCUCAAGGGCCUUCGCCAAGUAUCACAAAAAGGUGCUCUUAGCGAAGAACCCGGCUCAAUCGGCGACAAUGAACCGACAUCCUCGUCGGGUAUUAGCGGUGCACUAGGCUCCGUCGUCAGCACCGUGGGAGCAACGGCCGGUGCUUCUGCUGGUGCCGCAACUCAUUGGAUUUCACAGUUGCUCCCUCAGAAGAAGCAAGAGCAGCCGUCGUCGUCAAGCAUUGACGACUACGACGAUGAGUUCUUCGACACGAUUGAUUCGGAUCAAAUCCCGAACUUGCGUGUGGAACCAGCUCUAGAAUCUGCUGCUAAGGAGAAUGAAGCCAGGGCUAGUGGUGCGGAACGCCUCCAGGAAGGCCGCAAAGACGGUGCCAGUGCCGCCACUGGCGCUGGCGCUGCUGCUGGUGCCGCUGGUGCAUCCGACAGCAAAACGGACAGCGAGGAGGAAACAAAUAAACCUAAAGAUGACGGAAAGGCCAGCGAAGACCAAGGCGGCCAAGUUGCGCAUAGAUCAGGGUCAGAAGCCAUGUUUGGACGUGAAUUUGAGCCGUACAACCACCUUCGUGACAGGCUUCCGGUGCGUAACGAUGAACGUCCGUCCAUGUCGCUAUGGUCGAUUUUGAAAAACAAUAUCGGCAAGGAUCUAACUAAGAUUUCAUUCCCCGUGGCCUUCAAUGAGCCAACGUCUAUGCUUCAGCGCAUGUCGGAAGAUUUGGAAUUCUCUGAAUGUUUGGAUGCAGCAGCUUUACAGUCCGAGUCGACCCGAAGGAUCUUGUAUGUCGCUGCAUUUGCCAUGUCCAACUACAGCUCGACGAUAAACCGCAUCGCUAAACCGUUUAACCCGCUGUUGGGUGAGACGUUCGAGUAUGUUCGUCCCGACCGUCAGUACCGCUACAUUAGCGAACAAGUCAGCCAUCAUCCUCCCAUCUCAGCCUGCUUCUGCGAGUCACCAUCUUGGGAGUACAUGGGCUGCGUAGAUGCCAAGUCCAAGUUCCUGGGCCGUUCCUUUGAGAUUCGACCUACGGGUGUGGCGCACGCCAAGAUCAAGGUCAAGUCUGACGUGGUCCCUAGCUCGAUGCGGGGUAAACUGCAGCAGUCGCCCGAUGAUGAGUCUCUUUUGAUGGAGCACUACACUUGGAACAAAGUGAUCACCAGUGUGAGUGGAUUCAUCACAGGCUCGCCGACAAUUGAUCACUAUGGCGACAUGGUUGUUGUGAAUCACGUCACAGGCGAUAAGUGCAAGUUGACGUUCAAACCACGGGGCUGGCGUAGCAAUAACUCGUAUGAGAUCAAUGGCGAAGUAAUCGAUGGACAAGGCAAGAAGGUUUGGAUCAUUGCUGGUCGAUGGAACUCGCAGCUGAUUGCUACUCGCUGCCACAGUGAAGACUGUGGUGUCCUGAGUCCUGACAAGAAGCACGACAGCUCGAACCCCGUCGACAGCAGCAAGGCUGAUCACGAAUACCUACUUUUGUGGCGCAACAGCAAGAAGGUUCCGACUCCAUUUAAUCUGACACCAUUCGCCAUUACUCUCAACUCGCGCCCUGACGGCUUACUUAAGUGGCUUCCCCCCACUGACUGCCGCUUGCGACCUGACUUGACGGCCUUCGAGAAUGGCAAAUUUGACCAGGCUGAUCAGCUCAAGGUUCAGCUCGAGAAUCUACAGCGAGAAAAGCGCCGCCAGCGCGAGGAGGGUCGGCUUCCUCCGCACAAGCCGCGUUGGUUCAAGAGAACUGUGGACCCAGAUUCGAACGAGUCGUUCUGGCAGCCACUCAUGUCCAGUGACAGCCAUGGCCGCGAGACUAUGAGCUACUGGAUCGAACGUUCGGAGGUCGGUACCAAGCGUGAACACAAUCAGCCAGCUGAAUGGAAUACAGACCACAUCUUUGGCGAUUUGGAAGCCAAAGGUGUUUGA